UAUUGAUUCAGAAGACCCAUCAACGCCAAGAAAAAGAAAACCCAGCAAAGUGAUACAAAAUUUUGUACUUACCGAGCCUAUGAGAUCUACAGUCAUUAGCGAAGCAGAUUUCAAACAAAAUAUUUUUUGAAGUUCUUGACAUAAUAUUAGUAGAGCUAAGACGUAGAUUUAACGACAACAAUGAUUUAAUUGAAGCUAUUAUGUCAGGAGAAAAAUUAUAUAUUGAAAAAUAUCAACCAUUGGCCGAACUGGGCAUUCAAUUGACAAGUGCUGCGGAAAUAGAAGUCGUCAAGAAAUAUAUAAAUCGACAGAGAAACGAGAAUGAUGCAGAGAAUCCCGAUAUUUUACAGUGUAUUUUUAGGCAAAGCACUGCUUUUAAAGAAACUGAUGAAUUUCUAGCAACUUGCCGUACUUUCUCCUGUAGUACGGCUCUUCGUGAAUCCAGUUUUUCUGCCCUUACUAGAAUUGAUAGACCUCAGACACCUCAGCGGAAGUCAAUGUUACAUCCGAGACUAGCAAACCUUACCCAUUUAGCAUUUGAAAAAGAGAACAAAAAACAUAAAUAUUGA